AUGCAGCCUCCACAGAAAAGCCCAAGCCUCAGACCCUUGAAGCAGAGAAAGAGCUUAGCAACCAGACAAGAGGAAGUGGCUGGAAUUCUGGCAAAGUUCCCAAACAAGAUCCCGGUGGUAGUAGAGCGCUACUCCAGAGAGAAGUUCCUGCCCCCGCUGGACAAGACCAAGUUCCUGGUCCAGCAGGAGCUGACCCUGACGCAGUUCCUCAGUGUCAUUGGUAGGUGACAAGGUCCUCGGGCCGCCGAUGCCUUUUACCUGCAGGUGAACAACCAGAGCGCGGUCAGCAUGAGCGUGACCACGGUAGAGACCUACAAGGACCACAGGGACAAGGACGGCUUCGCGUGUGCGACCUCCGCCUCCCAGGGGACGUUCGCCGGACCGGACCCUGCCACCCAGGACCUGUCCUCUCACCGGGGCAGCGACGGCGACAGGAAGGCCGGGCCCCUCCCUGUGUCCUCGCUGGGAAAACGCGGUGGCUCCGGGAACGUGGGGACACAGCGAGUGUUCUCUGGGUGA